AUGUCACGCGCAUUGAGAUAUUAUUACCGCGUCAAUAUUCUGCGGAAAGUUCAAGGGGAAAGACAUUGUUACCAGUUCCUCAGGAAUCCUACCGAAUUAAAAAACAUUAAAAACAUAUCACUUUUACGGCAACAAAUGAGUCCAACAAGCGUUGUCUCUCAUCCGACCGUGAAAACAGAAAUGAAAGAAGAACGUUGUGAAAUUGAAGAACCUGCCGACGAAGAUAUGCCUACUGACUUAAGUAUGGCGGCAUCGGAGCCAUGGCGGAAGCGUGCGCGAUCUGAUGCUCCUUCCGCCCCUGUUCCACAUGACAAACAUCAUAUAAGUGCACUUAUCGGUGACAAUAUGAUGAUGAAACGGGAGUCUGAUUACGCAACAGAACAUUAUGCACUUAAUCUUAAAAGUGAAGUGUGUGUACCUGCCAUUGGUCGAGACCGCCACGAAGUAAUCGCUCAACACAGGAUUCUGCCGGCAAGCCUAAUCUAUAGCAAAUGGAAUAUUUCAACUCUAUUCCUUCAACAACUUCUGUUUCAUCAGUACAACAUUAUACAGACUACACUACACGGAAAAUUAAAAAGCUAA